CUGCUUCACUUACGAAGUAGCACAACCAUGGCGAUUUCUCAGCAAUUUCUAAACCCUACACUCUUCAAAUCCUUAGCUUCCACAAACAAAAACUCGCCAUCUCCUUUCUUUCGACUCAAGUCCACCUCCACAACUUUCAAUUUCAAACCACUUACUUCCUCCUCCUCUGCUACAAUCAUCACACGCGCCGCCGUAUCAUCCUCCGAUUCAGGCGAGUCAAAAUCCAGAGAAACUUUCCACGGCCUCUGCUUUGUCUUGAAAGACAACAUCGACACCGAUCAAAUCAUCCCCGCCGAGUACGGCACUCUCAUCCCUUCGAUUCCAGAAGAUCGCGAAAAGCUUGGCUCGUUCGCGCUUAACGGCUUACCAAAAUUCUACAAUGAACGUUUCGUUGUUCCAGGAGAGAUUAAAUCAAAGUACUCCGUCAUCAUCGGCGGCGAUAAUUUCGGUUGCGGAUCUUCCCGCGAACACGCUCCGGUUUGCCUCGGCGCGGCGGGAGCUAAAGCCGUGGUGGCGGAAUCGUACGCUAGGAUCUUCUUCAGGAACUGUGUAGCUACAGGUGAGAUCUUCCCGCUCGAAUCGGAGGUUAGGAUCUGCGACGAGUGCAAAACAGGGGAUGUGGUGACCAUCGAACACAAGGAAGACGGUAGUAGUUUGCUGAUCAAUCAUACGACGAGGAAAGAAUACAAACUUAAACCGCUAGGUGAUGCCGGUCCGGUGAUCGACGCCGGUGGAAUCUUCGCUUAUGCAAGAAAAGCCGGCAUGAUUCCUUCUGCUUCCUCUGCUUGAGUAUAAUAUAAUCGAAUCCAUAAUUUCUGGUUUUCGGUUUAUACCGGUUUGGGUAACUUGGUUCGACAACCGGUACUAGCGAAAUAAAUUAUAACCAAAUCCAUAAAACCAAAAUUUUAGUUCGACUUUGUGUGCCACGUGGAAACACAGAUAUGAAGCAAAUGCGUAAAAAGGCGUGCAAUUUCUUACUAGACACUUCGCUUUCUUCUCUGUAUAAGUUGUCAGCCCUCUCGAGUUCAAAGUUUAAGGUUUCUUCUUCUGUCUUCGCAUCUGUAGCAAGUGGGUUGAAUUUGUGGUUUGAGAUCUCCACUGGAAUUAAUUGAGUAGCAAAAGGGGUUUUCUAGGGUUUGGUAAGAGGAUGGAUAGGAUUAGCAAUCUACCAAAUGAGAUUAUUUGCCA